AUGUCGUCGAGCCUGUUUAUCCUGGACGAAGAUCUGGAGCCAGUGGUGUCUAAGAACAUCAGGGCACUACCGAAUCUGUCGUCGGUCCUUUCAAGCUUCAAGCAAUGUUAUCAUGACGGUUCGCCUCCAAUUCUUUUCCAGAAUGAUUGGUUCUUUAUACAUCUCAAGAGAGACUUUUUGCAUUUAGUAUCGGUGAUACAUACCACAGACAAACCAAAUAUAGAUUUGAUGACCAUACUGGCCUUUUUGGAGCAGUUUUAUCAUCUUCUACAAAAAUAUUUCGAAAUUAAGGUUUUGAGCAAGGAUCUCAUACUGGACAACGUCUUACUGGUCUUGGAGUUGAUGGACGAGUGCAUAGAUUUUGGCAUUGUACAGGUGACGGAUCCGAGUAUCAUCAAGGAUUACAUCCGUGUAAAGGUCAAUCUGCCAAAAGUUGCAAUCGACAAUGACGAGUGGAGCUCUGAUGACGAAAGCAGCAGUGAGAGCAGCGCUGGUGAGUACAGCAAUGCGAAGAAGAAGAAGAAGAACAAGAGGAAGAAGAAGAAAAACAGCAGGGGGAAGAAUGUGGGCAAGAGCAAAAUAAAAGGCAUCAUGGUAAACAAUAAAGAAAAUAAGGGUAUCAACGUGGUGGAAACCGUCAAAGAAACGCUGAGAAACAAGAACGAUAAUGGCAAAGAGCCCCUGGAUGACGAGCUGUCCAACGAUGGUAACGAUCUUUACAUCAAUGGAGACAUUGCGAAGACGAUUAUAAUGCCCAUAUCAUGGAGAACAAAGGGAAUCCACUACGCCAAGAACGAGUUCUUUCUUGAUGUUAUCGAACGUGUGCAAUACCUGAUGGAUUUCGAAAAGGGAAUAAUCAGAAAGAACCUGAUACACGGCGAAAUCGUAUGCAGGAGCUAUUUGUCGGGGAUGCCCAAACUGAAAAUAUCCAUCAACAAGAUACUGAACAGAGACCCUCAAUUCAUGUCGAACUCCAACUUCCACCAGUGCGUUUCGCUAGAUUCCAUAAACACCAUUGAAAAGGGGCAGGAAAAAGAACAAAACACUGGUGAUUCGCAGGCAGCAGCUGACGCAAGGGAGAUCGAAUUUGUACCGCCGGAUGGUGAAUUUGUCCUUUGCCAAUACGAGUUGAAAAGACACGUGAAGGAUGCGCCGAUGAUAAAACUGAAGGAUUUUGAGAUCAAGCCCAAAUUGAAGAAGUCCAAGAUACAGAUUCUAACAAAAAUCCAAACAAACUUCAAACCGACCAACUCCACGUCGAAACUCAACGUUAAGAUUCCGCUGACAAGGGUUUUCCAGGACUACAAGAUAGACCUAAGCAAGCAAAUUAGGUUCAAAGCCAACAACGGCAAAGUCGUGUUCAACUUGAGCGACGAUUUUCUGCUGUGGGAGAUACAGACCAUGAAGGGCCACCGCGAACGCAAUGCCAGCAACGCCCCCCAGGACGACGGCGAUCCCAGCACGUGUGCGUCCAUGGUGGCAGAGUUCUCCCUCUUCAAUCAGGAAGAAUACGACCGCCUGCAAGAAGAAAUGAAAACCUCGAUGAAUCCGCCGCCCUUGCGCACGGGACCCAAGCUGGAAGAACUAUACAAUCAGGUCCACGACAAGCACACCCCCCACGUUACUCCUCGGGAUAGGUUGGUCAGCAUUGACUUUGAGAUCCCAUACUGCACAUGCAGCGGGCUGAAAGUCGAGUACCUGAAGGUCGAGGAGCCACAGUUGCAGUACCAGUCUUUCCCCUGGGUCAGAUACAAGACUGUCAACGACGAGGAGUACGCAUACAUCGUUUGA